CAACUGCCGGUUCUCGGCAGUACUUUCCUCACGCUCUGACAGCGUGAGGAAAGUGCAGCCGAACCGGCAAUUGCAUUUCCCGGUGAUCAGCGUGUCAUUGGACACAGCUGAUCAUGUGAUCGUGAGGAAAGUACUGCCGAGAACCGGCAGCUGUCAGAGCAGGAAUCAGCACCGAUGAUCAGGGCACUGAUGAUCGGUACCCAGCAGUCGGUACCCACCACUUCCGCCCACUUGUGCCCACAGUGCAACCACCUGUGCCCAGCAGUGCAACCACCUGUGCCACCCAGCAGUGCCACACACCUGUGCCACCCAGCAGUGCUAUCCAGAAGUGCCACCUACCUGUGCCAGCAGUGCCACCCACCUGUGCCCACCCACCAGUGCCACUCACCUGUGUCCACCAGUGCCACCCACCAGUGCAGCCGA